AUGGUAUGCAACAAACCAUACACCAAGGAAGUAAGUAAAUGUGUCACAAUUCCCAGAAGUUUGGAUGGAAGACUCCAAGUUUCCCAUCGUAAAGGAUUACCCCACGUUAUUUAUUGUAAAGUGUGGAGAUGGCCCGAUCUGCAAAGUCACCAUGAGUUAAAGCCAUUGGAACAUUGUCAAUAUCCAUUCUCUGCCAAACACAAGGAAGUCUGCAUCAAUCCUUAUCAUUAUAAGAGAGUGGAAAGCCCAGUUUUACCGCCUGUUUUGGUUCCAAGACAUAAUGACUUUGUACCCGGUCAUUCAUUACUUCCAUUCCAACAACUUGUUGAGCCGAAUAUGCCCCAAAACGUGAGCUAUUCUCAAAAUGGUUUCAAUUCCAAUCAAAUGAGCCCUAGUUCGCCGUUGUCUAAUGUGUCAUCACCCGGAAGUGUUUCAUCUAAUCCCCAAUCACCAUAUGCCAAUCUUGCAGAAACCCCUCCUCCUGCUUAUAGUCCUACAGAUGAAAAUAAUGUAAAUCCAAACAACAAUCAGAAUCCUGAACAAAGUUUAGCCAAUGAUGUCCAACCAGUGGCUUAUCAAGAACAACCAUUCUGGGCCUCCAUAGCUUACUACGAGUUGAAUAGUCGGGUAGGUGAGGUAUUCCAUUGUCAUUCCACCUCAGUUAUAGUGGAUGGAUUCACAAACCCUAGCAACAAUUCCGACAGAUUCUGUCUUGGCCAGUUGAGCAACGUUAAUCGUAACUCUACUAUUGAGAACACUAGGCGACAUAUAGGCAAAGGGGUGCAUCUGUACUAUGUGAAUGGUGAAGUUUAUGCGGAGUGUCUUUCUGAUUCUCCGAUAUUUGUGCAAUCAAGAAAUUGCAACCAUCACCACAAUUUCCAUCCAUCUACUGUCUGCAAAAUACCGGCUUGGUCGUAA